GAGCCUCGGCUCAAGCACUUCACGGAAGCUUGUGGCUGAAAACUGGCCACACCAUCUCUACGCCAAAGAGGUGGCAACUGAGCGUCUCGGCUACUGUAGCUGUAGCUGCUGCGGCCACUUAGCUGCUUCGGCUUUUGGUGGCUGCUUUGGCCACAAGUAUGCCACCGCGGCAUCGACCAAUGUCAGAUCAGCUGGAAAGGGCCGGAUCUUAGCCACAUAG